CUGGUUGAGAAACACUGCUUCGAAGUACGUUAUUUACUAGGUUAUAAUCUUGUACCUGCAAAUAACAAUUCGUUUCUGAUAUAGUUAUGUUGAAUUUUUAAGUGAGAAAAUAAAAUUUGAGAAAAUUCGACAAACAAAUUAUUAAAUACAAUGUCUGAAACGGUAAUUAAAAAUACCGAUUCUGGAAAUAACUUGAAUCAUAAUAUUAAACAAGAAUCUGCACAAGAAUGUAUGUCUGAAAAUCAUUACAAAAAUUGUAGAAAAAAUAAUCAAUGGAGCGGUGAUUACAGGAAAAACAGCGGCUCAUAUAACAGUGGAUUCCGAAAUAAUAAUUUUGGCAAUAAACCUUCUAAACGUAAUUUUAUUAAUUGGUCGAGUUUCCAAUCACAUGAGAAAAGAAAGAAAUUGGAAGUUGGAAACAGGCUAAUGGAAUGCAAUGUUGGAAUUACUGAGUUUAUAGGAAAUGAAGGAUUUUUUGGUGUUAUUAAAGAAAGAUAUACAGAUUUUCACGUUAACGAAAUUGCUCUUGAUGGACAAAUCGCUAAAUUAACAAAUCAAGACAUUCCAUCAGUUGAAGAAGAAAAUUUACAAAAAUUUAAAAACAUGGUAUCAGAUACACAUUGGAGUCAGCUACAGAAAUUAAAAGAAUCAGAAGAAUCUACUAUGGAAAUUGAUGUAACAGACAUGGAUAAAGAUCAUCGUAAAGCAAUUCAUAGAGUUGCUAAGGCAAUGAAUGUUAUUAGCCGAACUAUAGAUAAGGGAAAUAAAAAGAUCAUGAUGAUUGUACCAAUUAAAAAUAACAGCAGUGCUGGUCAUAAUUUCCCGAGAGAUAAACGGGUAAAUUGGAAAAAGCAAGGAGAAUAUUGUUACUUUUUGUUACACAAAGUGAAUAUAGAUACAAUGAGUGCUAUUAAUCAAUUAGCCAUGAAUUUAUAUUUAAGGCCAAAUAAUUUCAGUUAUGCUGGAACAAAGGAUCGUAGAGCAUGGACUACUCAAUGGGUUAGUGCCAGGAAAGUUUUACCCACAGAUAUAUUAAGAGCAGCAAAAAAUUUACCUGGAACAUAUGUAGGAAACUUUAAAUUUGAAAGAGAAUCUUUGAAACUAGGCAUGUUGAAUGGUAAUUCCUUUAGAAUUGCUUUAAGGAACGUCAGUGGAACAGAUGAGCAAAUUGAAAAAGCCAUGAUUUCUUUGAGAGAUCAUGGAUUUAUAAAUUAUUAUGGUCUGCAAAGAUUUGGUACUGUAGUUACUAUUCCAACUUAUGAAAUAGGCAAAGCUUUACUUCAAGGUAAAUGGAACGAAGCGAUCAAUUUAAUUUUGAAACCUAGAGAAGGAGAACAGGACGAAGACUUGAUAGAAGCUAGAAAAAUAUAUGAAAAAACUAAAGAUGCAAGUGCUGCAUGUAACAGGAUUAGAAGAUGUGAUAAAAUAGAGGCUACACUUUUAAAGGGUCUUAGUAUAUCUGGUAUUAAUAAUCCUCAAGGUGCUUUGGAUUGGAUACCCAGGAAUGCUCGCUUAAUGUAUAUUCACGCCUAUCAAAGUUUUGUAUGGAAUCAUAUGGUAUCAAGAAGGAUAAAAGAAUUUGGGAGAAAUCCUAUAGUAGGGGACUUAGUAUAUGAAAAAAAUGUUAAACAUAAUGAUAAUGAAGGGGAAUUUGUUUAUGAUAAUGGAAGCGAACUUGCAACUGAAGGUAAUGAAGAACCUAUUAAAAAAAUAAGUAAACUUGAAAGCGAAAUGGACGUAGACGUAAAGAUUGAAAAUCCUUCUGAAGCAUCUGAAGAAUUAUCAAAUACUUUGGUGGAAGAAGUAACAGGUGCUGCAGAAUGUUGUCUUAAAAUAGAUGAGAAUACACAGCAAAGUGGAACUACUAAUGAAAAAGUUGAAAGCGAUGAUUCAAGCGAUAAUCUUCCUAUGGUAAAAAUUCUUGAAGAAGAAGAUUUACCAAAUUAUAGUUUGGCAGAUAUAUUAAUGCCUCAAGUUGGCUGGAAAGUUACAUACCCACCUUAUGCUAAACCAUGGUUUGAUGAGUUUUUAGCAAAAGAUGGAUUAACUGCUGACCUUAGACAGAAGAAUAAAAAAUAUAGCUUGGGAGGUGCUUAUAGAAGGAUAUUGCAAAUUCCUUCAAAUUUAUCUUGGAACAUCAUGCAUUAUUCGGAGAAACAUAGCAAUCUUAUUAUGUCCGAUAUUGAUGAAAUGAGGAUGAAAUCAGCUCCAAAAAAUGAUCCAAAGGGGCAAUACAAAGCUUUAAUAAUAGAAAUGUCUUUAAAAUCUUCUACAUAUGCAACUAUGGCGUUGCGCGAAAUUUUAAAAUCUGAUACUUCACCACAAGCACAAGCUGCUCAUUUUGCUGCAUGUAACGUAGAGGUAGAGAAUUCAAGCACUUUGAAAUAUCUUGCAGAGAGCGAAAAUAGGAAGCGAAAAAAUAUCUGAAGCAAUAUAAAGCUGCGAUAUAAUGACAUAUAAGUUCAUCUUUACAUAUAUAUAUAUACAUGUAGUAUAUAAAUGGGUUUUAGAGGAAAGGACAAGUAAUGAUGUUUUGAUUUAAUAAAUGCUAUUCGAAGCAACGAGAUGAUAUGAUUGCAAUGCUGUCGUACGUCUUAUACUCAUAGGCGGCUUUCGACUUCCCGAUUCACACUCUCCGGCUUCUACACUCGCUCGCUCUCGCUUCUCAACUCACACUCUGCGCACCUUUUGCAUCCGUCCUCUCCGUCAUCUCAACUAACUCUCUCUGCACACCUUUUGCAUCCUUUCUCUCCGGCUUCUUAACUAACUCUCUGCACACCUUUUGCAUCCGUUCUCUCCGGCUUCUCAACUACCUCUUCCUUCAGCGUCUCUUUGCCUUUUCCCGUCCUUCGGAACACGUGUCCCGAAACGCUCGUGGCCAGGAUCACGCAGGCCCUUUCCACGAAACUACCCACUUAAAAAGACCCAACGACACAUUGCUGUACCUGACGAUGCCGCGGCUCUCGCCACUUUGUUUACGGUUCGGCCGAUAUCUUAGGCCUUUUGCCCACGAUACUACAUACAUAAUGAAGAACAAUAAACUUUGAAAUAUUCAACAUCUGUCUAUUUUUUUAAAAAUGUAUCUCAAUUUUAUAAACUGAAAAGCGUAGUAUCUACUUUAAAGCUUAAAAUAGGGAGGAAGCACCUUCGAAAUCGAUCUCUCACGAUAAUGUUGCGAUGUACAUAGUAUAUAUAAAUCGGGGUAUUGUCACGUGUGGUCGAUGAAGAAGCGAUUUGUAAUGAUUCCGAGGAGACUUCUAUAGCGUUAAUAUCCUCUCAGGUGACAAACGAGGGAAUGACGCUGCAGGACGUCCGGCGUCCCGAUGCCAUACGACAAAUUAUCUCACCUCCGCUCUGGCCGAAUACCGUGAAAAAUCGCCGAUAUCGUGACGAAGCGUUACUGUUCAAAAACGUAUCGUUCUAUCGGGAUAAUUAAGCGUUAUUUUAGUUUAAUCUCAUUAUACAGCAUAUUUUCAUAAUAAAUACUAACACACGGAAUUAUUGAAGUUAUUAGAAAUUUAAAGUUGUUAUAUUGUAAUUAAUAAAACACAAUGUAAAAAUAAAUAAAAGUGUUAUCGGAUUGCGA